AUGACUAUGUCUUAUCAGACUCAUACCAUGGACUCCAAGCACUCCGUUGCUUUCACUGGAGCCGGCAAUCAUCCCCUUCCUGGGGCUCACACUCAAUACCCUGAGAACCAUCUCCCCGGCAUGGUUGCCAACGUUGACGCAUUGACCGGUGCCAUGAAUUCAUUCCAAGGCAUGUCUUUGGGUCACGGUAUGGGUCAUAACCACACUGGCAUGGGCCAGAUGGGUGCCCAUACGUACAUGGUGCCCCAGGAUUAUAUCCUCGCCCCUCAUCUGCCAGGUACCACUAUGGGCAUGGAACAGCUCUCUCAGGGUCACUAUGGUCCGGCCACCGGAGGUUACUUGGCUGCUCCUGGACAAUUCAACCCCUACGUACCGUACGGCAUGAUGCCCUUCACUCCAGGUCGUGCUGUCAGCGGCAAUGCGGCGCUUCAGGAUCGUACCAAUCGGAGCCACAAUGAUGUCCCUGGUCUUGAGAAUCGCCGUCACAGUGGUGGCUCUUACACGACCACUGAAUCAGCCCCCACCACUCCUUUCUACAAUGGGGGAUCCAAGAACGACAAGGGUCCUCGUGUCGCCGCUUUGGACCGUUCCACGUACACGACUCCAUCUCCUCAGCAGAUCGUCGGUGCCAACAUGUUCAUUGAACCUGCUGCCAAGCACAGUGUCAUCAACAUUCCUGUUGACCGGAACCUGGAGGAGAUACUGAAGCAAGAGCCUGCCAUUCCCAAGGCGGUUCCCGCUGUCUUCACCCCCGCCGCUCAAAUGAAGACGCUGGACCAGAGCCUGGAAAACCGCAUCCCAGGCAAUCGUAACGUUUACAUCCGUGGUCUUCAUCCUACUACCGAUGAUGAGCUUCUGUACCGCUUUGCCUCCCGUUUUGGCGAGGUUGAAACUUCCAAGGCUAUCAUUGAUACCUCAACCGGUGCUUGCAAGGGUUUCGGCUUUGCCAAAUUCUUUGAUGUCCGUGACUCUGAAAUGUGCAUCCGGGGCUUCCACCGUCUGGGAUAUGAGGUGGGCUUUGCACGUGAAUCUUUCAACUCUCGCCUUAAGGCUGAAGGUGACGAGGGAUCCACCAACUUGUACAUCUCCAACCUUCCCAAGAGUUUGACUGAGAAUGACCUUGGCGACAUCUUCAGAGGCUAUCACAUAAUGUCCUCAAAAAUUCUCCGUGACAGCAUGGGCAACAGCCGUGGUGUUGGCUUCGCUCGCUUCGAGUCUAGAGACGUCUGCGACGCUGUCAUCAAGCAAUUCAACGGCAUCCCCAUUGGCGAAGAGGGCAUGGUCAUGAACAUUCGUUACGCUGACACUCCUGGUCAGAAGGAGCUUAAGCGUGUCACUGCCGAGCGCCGUCAGUUCCGUACAAAUGAGUACAACAUCGGAGCGUACGGUACCCCUCUUGUCGGCAUUCAGCCCAACAUGUACAACCAGCCCGCUUGGAAGCGUGCUCUGCAUGCCACCGCCAACACCGUCUAUGCACCUCGAUCUCUAACCGGCGGUUUUGAUCGAAUGGGCAAGGGGGUCAAGUCUGAGGGCUACCAGGCGGGCAGCACUGUUCAGGGAAAACCCCAAUCGGCCGCGGAGGUUCCCAUCGCAGCCAGCGCGGCUGACGACAGCGACGAGGGUGUGACGAUUCACGCCGACUCAACUACCCCUGUUAUUGUUAGCACUCAGUCCUCUCCGGCGGUGAGGAAGGAGAAGAAGGAGCACAAGGAGGAUAAGUAA